CUUGGUACGUUUUAAGGAAGUUAGUCGAAAGGGAGAAACAGAAACGCACCCAAGGGAAAGUUCGGUAGUAUUGUUUAUCUUCGGGAGAGAAGACAGCUCGUUCAAAAUGUCUGGAUUUGUCAACAAUCCCUUUGUUGACCCAGUGGACGUCAAUCCUUUCCAGGAUCCUGCAGUAACCCAAGCGACUAGCACUGGCGUAGACAACAUCGAGGAAUUCAAUCCCUUCUCUGAUACCACAGCAGCGGUCCACCAAGAUGGGACCACGAUUCCUGCAACCGUGCCCUCCUCCCAGCCUGCUGUGCUGCAGCCGUCAGUGGAGCCCAGUCCACAGGCCACUGCGGCCGUCGCCCAGGCCAACCUGCUGCGGCAGCAGGAGGAGCUGGAGAGGAAAGCGGCCGAGCUGGACCGUAAGGAGCAGGAGCUCCAGAGCAGGGGGGCCUCCACAGGAAGAGAAAAUAAUUGGCCACCUCUUCCCAAGAGCUUUCCAAUAAAGCCUUGCUUCUACCAGGAUUUCUCUGAGGAAAUUCCCCUCGAAUAUCAAAAAGUUUGCAAGAUGAUGUACUACCUAUGGAUGUUUAACUGUGUGACUCUGUUCCUGAAUGUCCUGGCUUGUCUGGCCUAUUUCACUGUGGACGCGGCUUAUGGUGUGGACUUUGGCCUGGCCAUCUUGUGGUUCAUCCUGUUUUCCCCCUGCUCUUUCCUGUGUUGGUACAGGCCGGUCUACAAAGCCUUCAAGUCUGACAGCUCCUUCAGUUUCUUCUUCUUCUUCUUCGUCUUUUUCAUCCAAGUGGUGGUGUUCAUCAUCCAAAGCGUGGGCAUCCCAAAGUGGGGAAACAGUGGCUGGAUAUCUGCCAUUUCAGUAAUCGGAACAAACAUCGCUGUUGCUGUUGUCAUGAUGGUGGUGGCAGGCCUCUUCACAAUCUGUGCUGUACUGUCCGUCAUCUUACUUAAAAUGGUGCACUCCAUGUACCGGCGGACAGGCGCCAGCUUCCAGAAGGCCCAGCAGGAGUUCUCUCAGGGUGUCCUCACUAACAGAAGCUUCCAGACUGCUGCGUCUACCGCUGCCUCCUCCGCCGCCCAAGGAGCGUUCCAGAGGAACUAGAGAACCCCCCUCCCCCUGUUCCUCCAACCCUGACCCCCUCUGACUCGUCACCCUUUCCCUCGUGACCAUGCACCAUCCUGGAACUUCAGUCUGUUCACCAUAAGGCAACGCUCCAGUCACUUUGACAAGGUUUGAGUUUUAAAAAAAUAGGAGCUGCGGCCAAUGAAUAGCAGAGGCACUGAAACUGGAGCGUUGAAAUGACCCUUGCUGUAUUGGGGAGCUGAAGGUAUGGAGUCAGCUGCAGUGGGCUGCAGUAAGUACAGGUACAAUACGUUGGGGGUGUGUUUAUUUUUGAAGUUUUCAUUUUUAUCUUACUUAUGUAAUAUGGAGGACAUGAAGGUUUCUGUUGCUUCCCCCCACUUUUUUUGUAUUUUCUUUUGAUAGUUUUCCAAUAUUUCUCUCCUCAGUAACUACUCUAAGUUAAGUUUGAAUGGAACUGAGGUUCGACUGUGGCAUCCCAGUGCUGAGAUGUUAUAGUGAGGAGACUUUGGCUCAAAAGAAGUUGAUAUUGGCACUGAAUAGAAAAUGUUUCCACUCUGUCUUGAAUGCAUGCUACCCUUUUUAUUUUACAAUAGCAGGCCACAUCACUGCUAAUUAAUUUACAGGCCACCCCUUCGCAAAUCAUAAAUAUAAUUUCUUUAUUUGUGAUAGUCCAUGGUGUGAAUUUGGCCAUUUUGGCAUUUUUUUUUUUUUCUUUUAAUAUAAUAUAUGUCCUAUGUCUGUACUAUUGGGAUCUGGUUACCCUUUUGACUGAGCCUUCUGGAACAUCUGUGGGUGCGGCCAGGAGCGGUCGGUAAGAUUUGUUUUGGGUUAUGGGCCUGGCAGCAGCUCUGCAUGGCUGUAGUGCUGGGAAUAGGAGGGCUAGCAAAGGGGGGCUAGUAAACGCCUCAGCUCUGCCUCUCUGUUGCAUCUCUUAACUCUACCAGCUUUGGGAGUGAGAAAUCGUGACCAGGCCUGAAAGAUCUGGGACAUAUCUGGAGGGGGGGAGGGGGGGAGGGGGGGGGGGGGGUCAUUAAGAACUGUCGAUAUCAAAAACCAACUCUAUGUAACUGUAAAUAACAGCCUGUUAUUUACAGUCACUGAAUUACAUGUUAAUAUAUUGAACAAAAAGACAUGACAAGGGAUGCAUUGUGUAGACAAAGCCAGUAGAACUGGAGGAUCAAAUGAAUCAAGCCCUGGUUUGACUGUAUAAAUUUAUUUGAGGGGGUUAGUGCCUUUUUAAUAGAAAUAAAUAUAGAUUGAGGGUGAGAACAAUAUAAUAAAUUUCGUCUGAGAUCUCCUCAGUGGGUGUAUAGUGAAUCGUUUAGAGGACCUGAUGUCCUUUUGAAAAAUCUUGGCAACCUGGAUAAGAUCCAUUAUAUCCAUAUUUCACCUAAUUGUAAAUGUAUUUAUGCCACUCCAUGAGCUAAUUAAUUUAUAUUAGACUUUCAAUUCACGUUAACUUGCUGUUGCACCAUCAUAAAAUACUGCAUAUUGAAUGUAUAUGGAGUAUGGGAAGCAGAUCAGUUACAUUUCCUAUACAUUCAAUUCUGUACUUACAAAUUAUGAUGUACUAUAUUCAUGGAUUCCAGUACUGUUGGCAUGGGUACAUGAAAAAUUGUGACCUUGCUUGUGAAUUCAAACUUUUCUGCUUUACUUGUAUCAGUUUGAUUCCUUGUUGCAAAGUGUUGGUAUUUACUUGAUUUCGUAACGGCCUUUAAAUAUAUUUUAAAUGUAUAUUGGUACUUUUUGAUUAGGAACAUGUCAUCUCAAUUAAAGAAAUACUCUGAAGGGAAAUGAUAUAGGUAAUAUAGAAAGUUUAGGUACACCUAGUCUAGGCUUAUGAUUUAAAAAGCAAGUGAUUUUAGUUCAGAUAAAACUAACAAAUGUGUUAGUACUCCAAUGCCCUGUUUUUUGCUAAAUUUUCAUUUGUAAAAUUGUCAUCAUCAUAGCAAUGUCAAGAGUUCACAAUGCUGAUAACCAUUAUCAGUGGUAGUGGAGUGAAUAUUUCUUGCUUAUAUCAAAUUCUGUGGUUACAAGGCUUUUUAUUAAAUUUCUGUUUUCCCUCACAAUCAUUUCAAGGUCUGUUUUUACCCUUGUAUUCUUCAGCUUGUUAUUGUCUUAUCUUCAGUAGGAUUGUGUAUAUAUACAUCCCCAAAACAGUCCAGAGUAAUUAUAGUAAUUGACUUUCAAAAUUAAAAAUUCUUUUUUAAAAAACUGGAAGACUAAGAUUGAUGUAUGGCCCAGUGUUAAUGCUUUACAGAUGACAAAAUCUAUGUCACAGAGGUUACAUUUAAUCCUUGCAUGUUGGUGUGUUAAAUGGUGUACCAUCAAUCAACUGUCCUUGCUUGCCUCCUUAAAUGCUUUAAAAAUAAAUUGUCAUGUUUUAGAGGGAAAUUAAAUAAUGUGAAUCAAAGAAUAGUGUCAGCUGUAUUAGUACUGCCAGUGUGCAAAGACCAGAGCCAUACCUGGAAUUUUCGUUCCAGAUUAUGAACAUUGACAUCAAAUAUAUUCUUUUUCACAAUGAUUGGCAUGUAUCGGUUUGGGUGUAUAUUUCUCGCAGAUAUCAAAGCGUUAAUUACUAUGAUUGAAUUAAUUGCUAUGCUGCCUUUUUUAAAAUGUUAUCCAAAAGUAAGAGCAAGUAUGAUUUUCUUUUACAAGGCCCAAAUCGAUCCCAUUCCUUACAAUAUAAGCUUCUAUGUUAUGUUUUUUUUUUUUUUUUUUUUUUUAGUUUGGGAUUUUAUGGAAGAAAUGUCCCUUGAGAUUACAACUCAAACUUUAAUUCAAGGACCACAGCAAAUAUGGAAAUUGGCCAGCUUGAUUUCGACAGGAAUUAAUGGGAGUUAUGAAUAGAUGCAUGUAAUGUUGUGUACAUUGACUUGGUUGUCUUUUCGGAGGGUGAAACUUGGAGAUUUGGACGGUAGCCUAUUUCAUUUUUCGAGCUGUAAAUUGACUGUUUUUAAACGAUUUUCUAUUGUUUUUCAUGUAUACAGUUGUAAAUGUAAUGCCUAAGAAAUAAACGUUUUUGGUCAAAUACAA